GGAAGCUUCGAAUGAUAGCAGGCCACAAUUGGUCCACUUCCGCUUCCAAGGUGGCUACAUAUUCAUUACUCAGAUCUUUCAAAGCUGCAUUAUUCUCUACGAGUAAAAGUUGGCUGAUGGGGUAAGAAAUAUUCCUGCAUACUGUCGCUCAGGUGGGUGAUUGGAAUAUAUAAGAGCACUCAGCCUCCGUGGUAUUGUUCAUCCACCACCUCACUUCAGCUCAAUUCAUUCACCCCCAACCCAAACAUCAAACUUUCCAUCUAUCAAAAUGAAGUUCACCAUCAUUGCCACCCUUUGCAUUGCCGCUGUCUCUGCAGUCAGCAUCCCAGCCGCGAUUGAGAAGCGCUGCUUUGCCGACGGCCGUAAGUUACAUCAGGUCGCGUCCCCCUGAGCAUGUGCUGAUUUGAGAAUUAUAGAAAAGUGCCUUGCCUCAAACGACUGCUGCAGCAACUACUGCGGAUUCCCCAACGGAAGCCAAGCCAAUGGAUUGAGAUGCACCUACAAAUAAGUUGGCUAUACUAGCUGUUGAGUGGGCUUGGAACGAGCUAUGGAGGGGAAAUGGAUUAUGAA